AUGUGCCUUCACGGGAUUAAGGAUGACUUUGCUGCCUCCCCGCCGUGGAACCUUUGCAAGCUCUCGCCAAGAAAGUGCCCCCCAAUAUGGAAGUGCAUGCUGUGGAGCCCUCUUGAAAUCCUCCUGGUAUCGACGACGAUCGCUCUGGGCUUCGCAGCAGCGGCGGCCUUACCAACGAGACUUGACAUACCCGUUCCUGGAAGCAUGGCUGCGUUGACACAAGGUGUGCUGACCCUACUCCACGUCCUGGUAGAAGGCCCGAGGCUGCAGGUCCUUCCUGUCUACCUACCGACGGUGCUUCUUGCCGUUGGCGCUGCGACCGGAGGGUUCGGCGACUCGGCGGGUCUGCUGGCGGCGAUGGGGGUCGCCACCCUGGGGCUAGCGUCAUGUUCGCUUCUCCUGUGCUACCAUUUGCCUCGGGUACUACCUGUUGGCGGGCGCGGGCCUUACGCUGUGGGGAUUGCGACUGAGCACAUCCGCACACCUGUAGCCGCCGCCGGGGACAACGCCAAGUCUUCUCCGAGCGAAGAGGAGCUGUGGCCUCUGGAGCUCAUGGCUCAGGUGUUCUAUCCGGUGGAGAAAUCUUGCGUGGCAAAGCUCCCCUGGUUCCCGUCCAGCAUCAAGCGAUUCCGUCGGUCGCUCUGUCCUGCCACAGGAGAGGCUAACCGAUGGCCUUUCGGCCUGACUCAGAUGGGCGUGAUUGGGGCGAGCAUAAUUCUGGGGUUGGAGGGGUCCCUUCUGUCGGACAGCGCCCCUUCCCUGGGAGACCUGCUGCGGUCGGCGCCGUCGUGGUCGUCCCUCGCUGGUAGCGCACAGGCGUGGACGGUUUCGGCGGCGGCGGCUUUGUGCUUGGUAUGCCUGGUGUCCGACUUGCGCACGGGGCUUUCUCGCUCGGCGUACCAGACCAGGUAUCUCGACAGAGAGCAGGCCAGGUGCAUCGCCAAGUUUUCCAAGAUGCCGGGCUUUUUCACGGAACACCUAUGCGGCUUCUACGGGCCCGGCUUCGAAUCCGGACACUUUCACGCCCCAGGCGUGCCGUGCUUUCCGGCAGCCCCGGUCGCCCGGGGUGAGGCCAAGCGGCCGAUGGUGAUCUUUUCGCACGGGCUCGGCGGGAACCGCUCCAUGUACGCCGAACACGGCGCAGCGUAUGCCGCCCAAGGAUACGUGGCUAUUUUCCUCGAGCACAACGACGGCUCGGGCUCCAGCUGCAUGUUCCCCGACGGGCGAAUCACGACAUACGCCAAAGCCCCGAACUUGAAGGACGUGGGCGCCCCGGACAACCACGCCUUCCGGCUGGCGCAAUUGAGGCGCAGAGGAAGGGAAAUUGGGCUCACGAGGGCUCACCUGGCAAGGCUCGCCCGCGGCUCUGCAACAGACUUGGAGACCUGUCGACUUGUCGGGUUAGGGGAUGUCAUCGACACCAAGCGGCCGGCCUUCGUAGGGCACUCGUUCGGAGGGGGCACGGUUCUGCAGGUGCUGAGCGACGAGCGUGAGCGUGGCUCGAGAGGUGGCGCGGGGAUGGACCCCGAGGAGACCGGGUACUCGAUGGCCUUCAUCAUGGACGGUUGGACGUUCCCCUGCAGCGAAGAAGCGCGCGCCCAGAGCGUCGACAUUCCGUUGGUUGUCAUCACCAGUGACGGCUUUCUUGGGGCCGAGGGUAAGAAGAACGAGGAACGCCUCGUCGACAACGCCGUCCGCAUGGUUCGCGAUGGCGCCAACGACCUCGCCAUCCAGCUCCGAGUCAAAGACGCCGUAUAA